AUGACGUCCCUUCCUGAGACCUUCGACCGACCGGUCCACAUUGCCGUCAUUGGCGGUACUGGCCUCUACAAGAUCGAUGGCUACACCCCGAUCGCACAGCUGAACCCAGAGACGCCUUGGGGCAAGCCUUCGGCCCCGAUCCUCAUUCUCGAGCACAACGGCGUCCCCAUCGCCUUCCUCGCCCGUCAUGGCGCCCACCACCAGUAUGCGCCGCACGAGGUGCCCACCCGCGCCAACAUCGCCGCCCUGAGACACAUUGGUGUGCGCUGCGUCAUUGCCUUCAGCGCCGUCGGUUCCCUUCAGGAAGAGAUCAAGCCCAUGGACUUUGUGGUUCCCGACCAGAUCAUUGACCGCACCAAGGGCAUCCGCCCCUUCACCUUCUUCGAGGGCGGUCUCGUUGGCCACGUUCCCUUUGGCGACCCCUUUGACAGCAAGAUUGUGGAUGUCGUCAAGAAGUGCGCAGCCGCCAUGCAGGGCGAUGGUGUGAGGUUGCACGACAAGGGAACGGUAAUCUGCAUGGAGGGACCUCAGUUCUCCACCCGCGCCGAGUCCAACAUGUACCGGUCCUGGGGCGGUUCCGUCAUCAACAUGUCGGCUCUUCCCGAGGCCAAGCUCGCUCGUGAGGCCGAGAUGGCUUACCAGAUGAUCUGCAUGGCCACCGAUUAUGACUGCUGGCACACUAGCGAGGAUGUGGACGUCUCCAUGGUCUUCCACUACAUGAACACCAACGGCGAGAACGCCAAGCGCCUGGUCGGCGCCGUGCUCGACGAGCUUUCCAAGCAAGAGAACAGCGACCUUGUCACUGCCAAGCACUGGGAGGGCCAGAGCAAGAACGCUGUGUCCUUCAUGACCAAGCCCGAAGGCCGGAACCCAGAGGCUCUCAAGAGGGCCGAAUACCUGUUCCCCAACUUUUUGAACUAG